UCGUUUACAAUGUUAAUUUCGAGGUUAUCAGAACAAGUUUAUAAAAAGUUAUUUCAUGUGCAGAAUAAAACAAAAAGAGGUGCACAAUCUGCUAGAGAUGUACUUAUAAGUGGCGGAAUUAUUAUUAUUAGUGGGAUCGUUAUUGUUUGGUUAUCUGUGUUUCUUUACACAGCAUUUUAUUAUACCUAUGUACCGAGCAUCUCAUACGUACGGCCAGUACAUCUGCAAUUCAAAUCAUGUAAUGAAGAAAAAGGGAUUUGUAGCUUUCCAUCAGCAUAUGUGCAAUUAACAAAUAAACAGCAGCUUUUAAUGGUUGGCCAGCCAUAUAAAGUCAAUUUACAUCUAGAAAUGCCAGAGUCACCAGCCAAUAAAGAACUUGGUAUGUUCAUGGUUUGUGCUCAAUUACGCAGCAGAGAUGGUUUCCUCCUAGAACAUGCAUGUAGAUCUACCAUGUUACAUUACCGUAGCACAUUAUUACAUGCACUUACUACACUUACAUUUUCACCUAUGAUGAUUUUUGGCACUACAGAAGAAAAACAAAAUGUAGUUCUUGAAUUAUUUGAUAAUUUCGAAGAAAACCAAAAUCAUCCAGUUACAAUUAUUUAUAUCGAAAUACAAUCAAGACAUAUUGAAUUCUACUCUGCAAGUAUUACGAUAAAUGCACACUUAUCGGGUCUACGCUAUUUAAUGUUUCAUUGGCCGAUUCUAUCUGGUAUUGUUGGCAUCGGUACAAAUUUGUUUUUCAUAACACUUGUAUGUACCCUUUGCUAUCUUCAUUUUACCAUUUAUGAAGACUCUGGAGAUGAUGGUUUCAAUUAUGAAGAAGGUAAAAAGGUUGAAGAAAAACAAGAAUAUAACAAAGAAUUAAACACAGAAGAAGAAAGAGAACAUAAAGCUACAAAUGAUCAAUCAUCAGAUUUGUCAUCAUUGGAAGAUAUUGCUGCAUCUUAUAUAGUACCACAUCUUAAGUUUGGAGAAGAAUCUCAUCCCUCUCGUAUUAAAUUAAUAAAAUAAUCUACAUUCCAUAAUGCAAAUUAUAUGACAAUAUUAUAUGUGUACGAACGUAUCUUAUAAGUGUAAGCGAAAAAAAUAUAUGUACAUUAUAAAAAUAUUUAUUUUUCUGUACUUAAAUAUUUUAUUUACUUCUAUUGUAAUUGAAGUAUAUUAAAAGGUUUAUGAUAUUUUCUAUGUA